CACAACAUGAGGAACUGUAUUUAAAGGGCCAGAAGGUUGAGAACCACUGUUCUGGGAGGCAAAGAAUUUAAAACUUCAACUUCACCGCCUCUGGCUCCUGCCUGCCCCGCCCUUGCACCCAACGGCGUGAAGAUGGGAGGCAGAUCCGAGUGGAGCGUGCCUCGGGCUGCGUUCCUCACCCUCUUGCUGGGGGCGGGAGGGAAGGCUCCAGGCCCCACCCUAGGGAGAGGCGAGGGCCGGGUCGCACAGCCUCCCUCGGGGAAACUGAGCGGAUUUGACAGGAGAGAUCCACCCGCCACAGCUCCAAGACCCGCUUAAAAGGCCGUCGGUCGCCGGCGCCCGAUGUUGUCCCGAGCGACAGCAUGCCCCGUCGGUUCCGUCGCUGGUUUCGGGGUGCAAUGAGCUCGCGUUACCGAAGGGGCGGUCCCUGCCCUGCCCUACGAACUUCUUCAUUCAACAAACACUUCUCAGGAGCCCGCCCAGGGGCAUCCGAGGACUCAAGAGCCGACAAGAGCCAGCUCCGGGUACUUCCGGCUAGGUGGGUCCCCCAGACACCUCUGCACCCCACUCCGCACGACCACUUUCCACAGGGAUGAGGCCGAGUCUGACUCUGCACAGCAGGAGGAAGCCGUUAGGUAACGCGUUGCAACCCCAAGGCACCCACCCACGAGACCGCGUCCUGCGCCCCGUGCUCGCUCGUCCAGUUACAACGCAGGGAUCACAGCAAACACAGCCGCCACAGAAGCACUAUGGCAUUACCUCUCCUAUCAGCUUAGCAGCCCCCAAGGAGACCGACUGCCUGCUUACACAGAAACUAAUUGAGACUCUGAAACCCUAUGGGGUUUUUGAAGAAGAAGAGGAACUGCAGCGCAGGAUUUUAAUUUUGGGAAAAUUAAAUAACCUGGUAAAAGAGUGGAUACGAGAAAUCAGUGAAAGCAAGAAUCUUCCACAAUCUGUAAUUGAAAAUGUUGGAGGAAAAAUUUUUACAUUUGGAUCUUACAGAUUAGGAGUACACACAAAAGGUGCCGAUAUUGAUGCGUUGUGUGUUGCACCAAGGCAUGUUGAUCGAAGUGACUUUUUCACCUCAUUCUAUGAUAAGUUGAAAUUACAGGAAGAAGUAAAAGAUUUAAGAGCUGUUGAAGAGGCAUUUGUGCCAGUUAUCAAACUGUGUUUUGAUGGGAUAGAGAUUGAUAUUUUAUUUGCAAGAUUAGCACUACAGACUAUUCCAGAAGACUUGGACUUACGAGAUGACAGUCUGCUUAAAAAUUUAGAUAUAAGAUGCAUAAGAAGUCUUAACGGUUGCAGGGUAACCGAUGAAAUUUUACACCUAGUACCAAACAUUGACAACUUCAGGUUAACUCUGAGAGCUAUCAAACUGUGGGCCAAACGCCACAACAUCUAUUCCAAUAUAUUAGGUUUCCUCGGUGGUGUUUCCUGGGCUAUGCUAGUAGCAAGAACUUGCCAGCUUUAUCCAAAUGCAAUAGCAUCAACUCUUGUACAUAAAUUUUUCUUGGUAUUUUCUAAAUGGGAAUGGCCAAAUCCAGUGCUAUUGAAACAGCCUGAAGAAUGCAAUCUUAAUUUGCCUGUAUGGGACCCAAGGGUAAACCCCAGUGAUAGGUACCAUCUUAUGCCUAUAAUUACACCAGCAUACCCACAGCAGAACUCCACGUACAAUGUGUCCGUUUCAACACGGAUGGUCAUGGUUGAGGAGUUUAAACAAGGUCUUGCUAUCACAGAUGAAAUUUUGCUGAGUAAGGGAGAGUGGUCCAAACUUUUUGAAGCUCCAAACUUCUUUCAAAAGUACAAGCAUUAUAUUGUACUUCUAGCAAGUGCACCAACAGAAAAACAACGCCUAGAAUGGGUGGGCUUGGUGGAAUCGAAAAUUCGAAUCUUGGUUGGAAGUUUGGAGAAGAAUGAAUUUAUUACACUGGCUCAUGUGAAUCCCCAGUCAUUUCCAGCACCCAAAGAAAAUCCUGACAAGGAAGAAUUUCGCACGAUGUGGGUGAUUGGAUUAGUGUUUAAAAAAACGGAAAACUCUGAAAAUCUCAGUGUUGAUCUCACCUAUGAUAUUCAGUCCUUCACAGAUACAGUUUAUAGGCAAGCAAUAAACAGCAAGAUGUUUGAGGUGGACAUGAAAAUUGCUGCAAUGCAUGUAAAAAGAAAGCAACUCCAUGAACUACUACCUAAUCAUGUGCUUCAAAAAAAGAAAAAGCAUUCAACAGAAGGUGUCAGAUUGACACCUCUGAAUGAGAACAGCCUCGACUUGUCUAUGGACAGUGAUAACAGCAUGUCUGUGCCUUCACCUACUAGUGCUAUGAAGACCAGUCCAUUGAACAGUUCUGGCAGCUCUCAGGGCAGAAACAGUCCUGCUCCAGCUGUGACAGCAGCAUCUGUGACCAACGUCCAGGCCGCCGAAGUUCCUGCGCCACAAGUGGAUUCCAGUGAAAGCUCAGGGGGCAAGGGAAUUGGUUUGACAGGUACAUCGAGCGAGAGCAUUCCUCAAACUGCCACACAGCCAGCCAUUUCAUCACCACCAAAGCCUGCGGUCUCCAGAGUGGUUUCUGCAACACGCCUGGUCAACCCACCACCACGACCUUCAGGAAAUGCAGCAACAAAAAUACCUAGUCCCACAGGAGGGGUCAAGAGGAAAUCCUCACCUCACAGAGAAGAAAGUCCCAAGAAAACCAAAACAGAAGAGGAUGAAACAAGUGAAGAUGCUAACUGUCCUGCUUUGAGUGGACAUGAUAAAACAGAAACGAAGGAACAACUUGAUACAGAGACAAGUACAACUCAAUCAGAGACUGUUCAGACAGCGGCUUCUCUGUUGGCCUCUCAGAAAACAUCCAGUACAGACCUUUCUGAUAUCCCUGCUCUCCCUGCAAAUCCUAUUCCUGUUAUCAAGAAUUCAAUAAAACUGAGAUUGAAUCGGUAAAAACAACCUCAGGGGUCCAUAAACAAUAUCUGCCAACUCAACCUGUUGUCUUCAAAUGCUAAGAAAGGAGACUGGAGGGUACAAGACUAGACAUGGCUGAACAUGGAUGUAGGUUUGUGUGACCUCCCUUACUGGGCUAAGCAGCACUUGAUCGGAAGUCCAGGUUAGUAUGUGAAGCCAGGAGUACUAUUAUUAUUGUGUUAGCAACAGUUGCAUUAACUAUUUUAAAAAAUUACUGCCUUUAAAAAAAAACAAAAAACACAAAACAAACACACACACAAAAAAAACCCAAACCUCAAGCUAUAUUUGUAUCCUUAAUUGACCAUCUGGAUUGGGUUUAUGUUUGAUGCAUUGUUUGGAAAAUUUGCGAUACAAACUAGCAUAAGAACUCCUUAUUCUGAUGAUGCACUUUUAUGUAUUUUCGCUUUAGAAAGUAGUACUAAUUUUAGAUUUCAGCCUGAUGGAUUUCAUUUUUUCUUGAAGAAUUUCUUUUCCCAUCAAUCUUCAAAUCGGAUACCAUUCUGCAGCGGUGUACUGUUGUACUUGAGAGCAAGGCUAAGAGUAUGUCUAAGUCAGUCCCUGUGAGGCAGCUGUAACCCUUCCGAAGGAAAUGUCAAUUCUAAGAUAUGUGUUUGACAUUGAAAGAAUAAUUAGGAAAUACUUGGAUUGAUGGGGGUCGUGAUUAAGAAAUGAUAUAUUUGUUUUAUUUAUAGAAUUGUUUAGAGUGCAGAUAAAUCAGCGAUCAGCCAGCAGAUCUUUUUCUUUGAGCUUAUUAAAGCUCGGUAUUGUUUUGCCUUUAGUCUGUGGUCUUUGAAACAGACAAAAGCAUUUUGCUCCCUCCCCCUUGUUUUCCUUUUUCCCUUUCUGCUUGUAUGCAUAAUGUAGGAUUUAGUCCACACAAAACAAAAUGCCAGUAUUUUCUUAAGCAGUGGUGUGGAGCCAGUGACCCUGUGCCACGGGCCCAGGACACUGGAUUAUGGUCCCGUGGCCGGAACUCCAGGAGGACUAACGGAAUGCCUGUGAACAUGGGGUCCGUCUUGGACAGCACUCGAUCCUACAAAGGAGGGAUGUUGUACACUCCACAGAACUCUGGUCUGUAGCCAAGCUGGUUUUCAGUUUUAAACAUGUGGGCGAAAAGGCGUUUUCUCCAAGAAUUUUAAACUAAUUUUUAUUUUUAAAUGGUUGACCAAAUUUGUCAGUAAAUUUUACAUCUAGAAACAUUUAAAAAUCAUUUCUAGCACUCACUUGACAUCUAGUCAGCUCUCUCUACACCUUUUUCAUUUUAUUUUAUCCUGUCAGUAGAUUAGGAACUCUUUAAAGAAGGCAAUUCCUCAUAAUUAAGCACCAGAACAGCCAUCUUCAUGACUGUGAGGGAUGCUAGAUGUUGAUAAACUUCCUCUUAAUCUGGACAAAGCAAACCUAACAGAUCUUCCCGAUGAGCAUGUUUUACGAAUCCUCCGUUGUGCUCCAUCCUGUCAUGUGCAUCUUCAUGUUAAACUGCAAUUACUUAAACUCUCCCCUGUCCUUCUAAAUUAAUUUUCCAAAGUUGAAGUGUAGUCUUCCCCUUAGGCCAUGCAUUAAUUGAGGCUUUCUUUUCACCAUACUUUGUAACAUCUAGUAUACAACAUUUCUACUUCCCACGUCUUCACUCUGCACAGUCACCGGCCCUGUCUCCACCACCAGAGAAAAAGGGUCACACUACCAGGGCAAGUGACAAGGUGGCUGGGUGUUUUGUGUAGCUUCAGAGUUAGAUUGAAAUUGCCAGGCACAGAUUUAGUCUUGUCAUUUGUUUACACAUUGGGGGGAAAAAAUUCAGUUUAUUCAACGUUUCCUGUAACUGCACCCAAGUUUUGCCACGCUGGGAACUUGGACCUUUUCUGUGUAGUGACUUUUUAAUUCUAGUUUCAUAACCUGGAGAUCGGACUGUUGCUUUCGCAUGAUGUACGUAGUGUCUCAUGACUGGAGUUUGCUUUGUUUUAUAGUAUCUGUACUCCUUGUAUUUUUCAAGAGCUAUUUUGUAAACAGAUGAUGUAUUUCUCCAUUGAAAACACAAUAAAAAAACAACAGCACAAUCCUA